GUCCCCGCGGGCAGGAGGGCCUCCCCAGGAUGCCCAGAGAGGCCCCCCGGGCCGUGCGCGCCGCCGGGGCUGGAGGAGGCUCUGAGCGCGCUGGGGCUGGAGGGAGAACGUGAGUACGCCGGGGAUAUCUUCGCCGAAGUCAUGGUGAGUGGGACCGGGGCGGGACACUCGUGGACCAGCGGGCUUUGGGCAACUCUGGCGCCGCCCACAUCCCUGGAGGGCAGCAGAGGCUGUCGGGUUAGAGGAAGCCGAAGCUGACUCGCUCGCCCAACGCCCACUCAGCAAGCAUUCCCUAACUCCCACCUCGCCAGCCUCUCACCUCGCUUCCCACCGACUUUGCAGCUUUUACACCACUGCCACCCACAACUUGGCUUUUCUCUCGCACUGUUACCUGUGUGGUUUCCACUGCCGGGAAUGCCCUUUCCCAUCUUCCCCAGGCUGUCUGCAGCCCCUCCUUUGGUAUUGCAUAACCUCUCGUACUUGUCCCUCACAUUUACUCACUUACCAACUAUUUAGCGAGUUAUAACAAAUGUUUCUGAGCAUGUUCUAGGCACUGGGGAUGCUGCGAUGGACAACAUGAGAUAGUCUGUCCUCACUGUGCGGAGACAAACAAAUGCGGGUGAUAAUUUCAGAAGGGCCACAAAAACCAAACACAGGCCACGGUGGUCCACAGUUAACUGUCUGAGACAGGCACUGCCAGAAGAAAUACUGAAGGGAUGUGUUUAUUUAACAAACAUCUUGUGAGCAUCUCUCCUGGAUCAGGGUCUCUGUUAGGAACCAAGACACAGCUGUGAUCUGAACAGAAAUCCCUGCCCUCGUGGUGCCAGCAGUCUAGUGGGGCAAAAAGACAAAACAUUCAAGGAAACACAGGGUAUCUCCAGACUGAAAUACUAUGAAGAAAAUAAAGCAAUGAGAUAGAGAUGAUGGGGUGCAAGGAAAAGUAUAGAAAAAGUCAGGGAAAUUUUAGCUGAGACUGGAAUGACCGAGAAGUCAGCAAUGCAAGGAGUGGGGAAUGACCAUUUCAGCUGGAGGGAAUGGCCGGUACAUAAGUGCAAAGGUCCUGAGGUACGAAUGAGCUUGGCAUAGUCUAGGGCCAAAAGAAUGCUGGAGUAGGAGUGUGGGUUGUGAGGGGAGAGAGGGAAGAGGUGAUGUUGGAGCAGGGCCUGAGAGAGUCUGAGAGCAAUUGGGAUUUUCUCCUAAGGGUACUGAAAGCCAAGGAAGGGUUUUAAGCAGGGGAGUUCCUUGGUCAGAUUUAUACUUUAGAAAGACCCUCUGGGUGCUCUGAGGAGGAUGGGUUGAGGUUUGGUGACUAAGAUUGGAGUCUGGGAACCCGGGAGGAGAUGCUCAGGAAGUCCUGUGGCCAUGGGGGCUAGACUGGAGAGAUGGAAAGUGAGGCGUCCAGGGUUCUAGACGGGGACACGGAAGAGCAUAUUCGGAGGGGACGUCGGAGGCCAGUUUGUGUGUGGCACUCGGGACAUCCAACUGGUGCGAGGAGAUUGCUGCACCCAGGGCUGGAGCCCGGGAGAGAAGCCGAGGCACAGGAGUACCUGGGCCUGGCGGGGGACACGCUCUACCUGGCCGUGCACCUGCUCGAUUCCUACCUAGGCGCGGGCCGAGUGCGCCUACACCGCCUGCAGCUGCUGGGCGUGGCCUGCCUGUUCGUGGCUUGCAAAAUGGAAGAGUGCGUGCUUCCAGAGCCCGCCUCCCUCUGCCUCCUGGGCGAUGGCUCCUUCUCGCGGAACGAGCUUCUGUGCGCGGAGCGCCGCAUCCUGAGCCGCUUGGAUUUCCGGCUGCACCACCCGGGCCCGCUACUUUGCCUCGGGCUACUUGCUGCGCUGGCCCGGAGCGGCCCCCAGGUGUUGCUACUUGCCACUUACUUCUUGGAGCUGUCUCUGCUGGAGGCCGAGGCAGCAGGAUGGGAGCCGGGUCGCCGUGCCGCUGCAGCACUGAGCCUGGCACACCGGGUGCUCCACGGGGCGGGUUCCGGGCCCGAGCCGGCGCUUUACAGCCGGGCGGAGCUGGGCCCGGUCGAGCCGUGCAUGGUCCGCGCCGCGCUCCGAGGCCCUGCGCCCGGCCUCGCCGCCAUCUUCCUCAAGUACGCGCGGCCCCAACGCCAGGGCACCAGCCUCGUCGCCGCCCGCCUGCUCCGCCACCCCCCGGCCGGGCCUCCCUGAGCCCCGAGACCCCAGCAAAAAAAAGACUCUCUUUGUGCGUCUGUCUCCCACUUCAAUAAAAGAGUUUUUUAUUCCGA